AUUCCGAGAGGUUCCGAGUUCGGUUAAGACGAUGGAGUCGAAUGAUGACGACGUGGGUUCCAGCGAAGACAAUAUUCUGUACGAUUUCACCAUCCAGGCGGAAUGGCAGCAGGAGCCAGAAGUGUUUACCAAAGGCCCAAAAGACAAGAGCCAGGUAUCUAUGCUAGGGAGAGUUUCAUCUGCAACUCAAAGAAGCCUAUGGACAUCAUUGAGAAUAGUGGGAGUGCCCAUGCAAAGUGCCAGUCCCUGUUCCUUACCAGCUGGACUGCUCAAACUCAUCAACAGUGAAAUAAACUGGCACAUAGCAGUGGGCAGGAAUGCGGAGGUUGUGGCCAUCCUUCAAGACCAGUGUGUCGAAAUCAGAUCAAAUAAUAAUGCCUACGAAACGGUGGUGGGACGUGGGGCUGUGCCGCGGGAUCCUUACCCACAGUGGCGCUGUCUGGCUUGGAGUGCUGACAACUCGAUGGUAGCCUGUUCCCAGAGUGAUGGCACCGUGGAGGUGUUUGAUAUAUUUGGGACACGGCUGUUCACCAUUCAAGGGGAAGCACCAAAUGAAAAUGGCCAGCCAUUGGAACUGAGUUGUGCUGUAGCAGGCAUGGUUUUCACUGACACCAUUCCAAACCCACCGUGGUCUGCAGAACUUCUGGUAGUGAACUACCAUGGCAGUCUACAUAAAUAUUUGGUUGGACGUGACAACGGAUACGAGGCUCAGCACAGCUUCCUCUUUAACCAGCAGUAUCCACUUGGCAUAAGCUGUGUGGAAUAUCAUGCUGGAGCUCAGCUUCUCCUUGUGGGUGGGACGGGCUGUGAUGAUAACCAAUCUCCGUCCCAGUCCCGACAAGAGGGACUAACGGCCUGGAGAAUCCUGUCAGGAUCGCCACACUACAAGCUGGUGACCGAUUACCAGGAAGACCUGCACCAGUCGAAGCAAGGAAGGUCAAUUUUUGGGAAGUUUAAGGCUAGUUUACGACUGAGCAGCAGCGGUAACCAGGAUGGUAUUUACAAAAUGUGUCUCUCACCGGACUCUAAAAUGCUGGCGGCGAUUCAUCACUCUGGGAAGCUGACUUUGUGGCAUAUCCCUUCACUGAAACAAUACAGAACCUGGGCCCAUGAUGAGCAGCCCUAUAGUGAAGAAUAUAGUCCUGACUUUACAGACAACCCACAGAAAAGGAAGAUAUUGAAAGAUUUGGUGUCUUGUAAGAAUUUGAUCGAUGUCAACUGGUGGAAUAACGAGGCAGUGACUUUGUCACGAGGCACAGGAGCCGUUACAGUGUCAUCUUCUUCUACGCUGAAAAACCUACUGGGAACCUCUCCAGAGUGGUUUGAGCCUUCCUCCAGGGUAACUGCAGUACAUGAUGGCGGAUUCCUGGGACUAGAGGUUGAGAACAAGUUCCGACAGAAGCGCCGCCUGGUGAGUGAGGAAGAAAACGAUGAUAGUGAUGAAGAAGAGGACUCGAGAUGGGUCUCUACAUUUCUUACCAAAAAUGUCCUGUCCUAUUUCAGGGACACUGAGAGGUUCCAGCCUCCAAGGAAACGUCCCAAUUGCCAGGUACUGACCAUAGUUCAGGCAGUGACUUUGUCACGAGGCACAGGAGCCGUAACUGUGUCAUCUUCUUCUACGCUGAAAAACCUACUGGGCACUUCUCCAGAGUGGUUUGAGCCGUCCUCCAGGGUAACUGCAGUACAUGAUGGCGGAUUUCUGGGACUGGAGGUUGAGAACAAGUUCCGACAGAAGCGCCGCCUGGUGAGUGAGGAAGAAAACGAUGAUAGUGAUGAAGAAGAGGACUCAAGAUGGGUCUCUACAUUUCUUACCAAAAAUGUCCUGUCCUAUUUCAGGGACACUGAGAGGUUCCAGCCUCCAAGGAAACGUCCCAAGAUGGUGAACAGGACAUACAGAUUGGUUUGUCUCAAAUCUACCACUCCUGAGGAGCUGUAUACAAGAAAGAUUGAUUUAGAGGAGUAUGGAGAGGCUUUGGGUCUUGCUAAAGCAUAUAACCUCGACUCAGACAAGGUGUACCAGCGCCAGUGGAGAAAGUCCGAAGUUUCCAAGGCGUCCAUACAAGACUACCUGAGUAAGAUCAAGAAGAGAGGUUGGGUCCUCCACGAAUGUCUGGAGAGAAUGCCGGAGAAUAUUGACGCUAUGAAAGAACUGUUGGAAUUUGGCUUACGAGGGACAGAUCUCCAGGCUCUCAUUGCUAUAGGCAAAGGCGAAGAUGGGGGCCGGUUUAUUCUUUGUGACCCAGAAGAAGGAUUGUAUGCAGACAUGUCGCUGGAUGAGUUUGAUCCUGACACAGAACGUGUGAAGGAAGAAAUGAAAGAGCAGAGGAUGAAGGAAUUCAUGGAACAAGUGGAUUUUUCAAAUUUAAACUUGGAACAAAAAGAGUUGUGUAGAGUUCGCUUCAAGCUCCUUCAGUACCUUGAUCGGCUGAGGACGUAUGAACUCAUACUCGGAGGAGAAGUGGCUGCAGUCUCUAGGUUCAAUGACAAAUUCUUUGAGAAAUUCCGUUCUCAAAAUAUCGUUGAGGCUGCAGUGAAUUAUGCUCGGCAAGGUGACUGGAAAGCACUAGAAAGCUUGUUCAUCUACCAUGGGGAGACCCUGAAACCUCACAGACUGGCAGUUUUAUCAAACUUCCCUGAAACAACUUGUCCAACAGAAUACCGAGAAAUAUUACCAGAGAUUGUAGAUGACAGUGGGGUACUCCCUUUGGAGGAGAACAGUUGGCGCGACACAGACUGGUGCGAAACACCGCAGUGCAGGUGUGUUGUUGAACCUCUGCAGAUAGAUUUGGGAGAAUUUUUGUAUGAGGACCACCCAAAGCUGUCCCAAUUUCGGUGUGACGAGAUGCCUGCAGAGUUACUGACCAGGUGGUACAGGUACCGCGCUUUUGAGAUAGAAGCCAUGUCAUUACAGGUAGAACAUGCCAUCAGCCUCGUCAAAUUGGCAGUGGAGCGUGGCGUUCAGGGCUUGACUGAUCUCCUAGACAAUUUGGUUACCAUGGAAAUGCUGGUAUAUGAUUGCCACAUAGAGGACACAUUGACCUUUGAGGCGGUUACAAAAAUGGCCGACUACGAGAAACUGGAACUGAUCAUGUCAAAGUCUACUGAGGAAAUGUAUGUAAAGAAUUUACAUCGCUGGCUGGUGCCGUUCUUGAUGCAAUGUGAGAGACAAAAUGCUGGCUCCUACAACACUCUGCUGCGGGACUACAUUGUUACUAUGGCAAAGACUGACCUUAGCCUGGUUCUCAAGGUGUUUGAGUCCUCUAAAGCCAAUUUACCAAAUCCUGUCAUCAAGUCUCAGGACGAUGUCAUGUCAAUGGCCAUGGAGGCUGUGUACAGUUGUGAGAGAGAGGACCAGUUACAUUUACAUCUGGCCAUUUUCCAAUGUCUGCCCAGCAAACAAAAGACUGGUACUAGAACUCAGGGAAAGGAGGCUCAGAAACUCUACCACCAGGUGGACAUGUUGAAGCAGCAGCUUAGUGCGGCUAAGAUUCUGGAAAGUCAUGGUGUGACAAAGCCUCUGCAUUAUUUGAAGGAAACAGAGGCAGAUGCUGAAGAGGCCAAGAACUUGAUGGUCAGACUGACAAGAAAUGCUGGAAAGAGAGAGAAGCCCCUUGACCAGAAGGAGUGGCGAAGUCUACACGAGGAUGUGUUGAAUCUACAGAACGAGGUCUACAAGUGUCUUUCUCCUGGUCUGUGUCAUGAGAUUUUCACCGAGAGCGUUCUGUGCUCAAGUAGUCGGGAGAAUAUAACAAUGGCCGGUGGACCUCUUGGAGCGGGGAGAGUUCAGAAAGUGAACAGUUGGUUCGUCCUGGAAUUCAUCAACAUCACAAAGUCCCUUACGAGCGAGCAGCUUGUAGAGGUAACCAACUCUUUCUUCAAGACGAAAGCGACAAAGGUGUGUGUAUGGUACAAGUGUCUGUCUGUUGGUUUGUGUCAUGAGAUUUUCACCGAGAGCGUUCUGUGCUCAAGUAGUCGGGAGAAUAUAACAAUGGCCGGUGACCUCUUGGAGCGGGAGAGUUCAGAAAGUGAACAGUUGGUUCGUCCUGGAAUUCAUCAACAUCACAAAGUCCCUUACGAGCGAGCAGUUGAGCUAGUCAUUUCUGCUGCAAGGGAGUACUUCAAUUCAUCAUCCAACCUUAUGGACCCAUGCAUGGAUCUAGCUCGUGCUUGUCUUAACCUCAUCCGGGAAACACCUCUUCCUUCCUCCAUCCAAGAAGAGCUCGAUCUGAUUGGCUCAUUGGCACUCCUGGAUGAUUUCAAUGUGUCUGUUUUACCAUUACAAGUUCGCCUCAGUGACAACCGACUGGAUCUUGUUCGGCAGGCUGUGAGGAGUAAACCAACAUCCUUCAGACAGCGACAAAAGCUACUGAGGUUAGGUCACCUACUGCGAGUUAGUGGAGAUGAACGAUUACUUCGGGAAGGCCAGGUUUUACAUCUCAUAGCAGAGGCUGCUGUAAAGGGCGAAGACUUCCUGUUUGCGUUUGAGGUGUGUGAGGACUUGAUGAGUCAGUGUUAUGGGAAUGCUUGGAACACUUGUGUCGACCUCGCAUGGCAAGAGAAGUUCACUGACAUGGCUGCUAAGGCUAAGUUGCUGUCCUUCUCUGUGACAUACUGUACCCCGGAUAUGAUAGAACCAAUAUUGCAGGCUAAAGCUUUACUUGAAACUCAGAUACUGCAUCGUUCCUUGAAUACUGAUGUUCAAGGAGAAAUGGAUGAAGGUUCUUCGACAGUGGAGGUACCCCUGUCAGCCCGAGCUGCACUUAAACAAACGAAAAACAUUCUGACUUCAACAACAAAAUCAACCAAAGCAUUAUUGUCAACAAUGGCUGAUAAAAACUGGUGGCAUGGAACAAUGGAUUACCUCACAAAGUCCUCAAAACAGUCCACCUCCAUGUCCGACCGGAGCCAUCAGGAUGAGAACCAGAAUUUUGAGAGACAAGGGUGUCAUCCAUUUUAUUGUGAUGCAGUUGAGAAUGCAUACCUAGAUCUGAAUGCAAUUGACUACCAGAGAUGUCAAUCAGAUGAUGACCUCAGUACGGAGAUGAGUCUACUGAGGGCGGUGUAUUUAGAGGAAAUGUUGACUGAGGGUGAAAAAACCCAAUCCACUUCACAAGUGUUACUGAAGAUAGCCUAUGCUAAAAUGACUGCUGAUAGUACAUUGGGGCUAGCAUUUCUUCUGGCUCUUCCUCAAGAGGUGACAGAUCAUGACCACUUUGCUGACUUUCCAUUCACGACAAUGUCCCUACAGAUGGCACUCUACUACUUUGCCCUACAAAUCUACUCGUCUAUAAAGCCGACCUUUGACCCCGAGCUAAGUCUGCUGUACAAAUAUCCACCAUUCAAAUUGAUAGAAAAAGUCAGAUUCUACAUCAGCAGGACCAAAGAUGCUCAGCGUCCAAGGGAGAUAAUUCAGCUAGUCAAAAACUUCAAACAAUAUCAGGAAUUUCUGGAAGACUCCAUACAAGCUAAACAGCUGAAGAAGUUGGACAGAGGCAUCGAUACUGGACGUUUUACAAAGGACAGUCAGUACCGAGUGGAGACUAUCUGUGGACUAGCCAUGACUUUGGAGGAGAAUGUGUAUAACAUAUCUUUGUCACUGGCGACGAGGUAUGCCGUUAGUCUGUGGGAUGUAUACAUGGCCCAUCUGGAGUUCCUCUUCUCCGAUAGCAUGCUAACGACGGAGGAAAUAGAAGAUCGUGUUGGAAGGAUGGGUAUCCUGGCUGUACUGAAGGAACGAGGCGGAGACUUUGUAGGGAAGAUGUCCACCUACGUGUACCCAUCUGUGGAGGGCACAGACCAUGCCCGCCUCUUGUAUUACUACACACUUAUGUCUGGGAUAGAUACCCCCCUAGCUGGCACCCUCACGGCUGACACCCACGUCAAACUCUUAAAGAAAAUCAAAUUUUCCUCUGAAGGUUUGGACUACAAGAGACUGGUGGAAGGGAAACACAAUCCUGUGGAUGUCCUUGUUCCUAUUCUGACUACUAGUAACAUUAACGUGAUAGCUAAACUGGCAAACAAGAUCCCUGAUGGAAAGGGAGGAUUUUUGAUGCCAAGUGCUGUAUAUUGUGCCUGGGCCAUCAAGAUGUUCUGGGACACGUCCAAGAAAGUGCCAGAUUCGGGGCUGGGCUGGGUACAUCGUUAUGAGAGCUGUCAGGAAACUCUGCAGAAACUCCUUCCUCAGGACCUGAUCCAAUUCGUUGACUCUGUUGUCUUUGUUCCACAAUCAAGAGAAAUGGUGGGGUCUGAGAGCCGACAGCAGAUUUUGAAUCGUUGUCUGAAGUUUGCCCGACAGCAAGGCAGCAAGAAGAAAAAGCAGGAAGAACUUGGUGACCAGAUGAAUUGGGAGGAGGCAGCUUCCGUAUUAAAGGGCUACCAGUCACAUCUCACAGUGAUGCAACACCCAGCAUUACAGAGCCUGGUGGAGUCCGAGGCAGACAACCUCCGACAGUACUCUUUAGAACUUGACAUGAGUAAGGGAAAGUCUGACAAACUGGAGGAAAUAUUUGUGAAGAUGACUUGCGAAGGCUUAGCUAUAGAUAUGAUUGAGAAGCUGUUGUCGUCCAUACCCACACUGUCAUGGAAAUCUAUAACCGCUGUAAGACAGUCGAUCACCGUCAUUAUCUCUCACCUGAGUGAUGAGAGCUCCAGUUCUGAGUGUAUGGAGGAAAAUCUGGCCUCCUUCCAGAGAAUAGUCAACAAUGUCUUCUCACAUGGACAGGAAGGGGGAGAUCGUGUGACAGCUGAGGAUGUGAUGACAUUGGUGCGACCAUUUUGUUCUGACGAUACGGUAGCAGUGAAGCCACGUCUUGACCUUCUUCAUAUUUUAGAAAAGAGUUUUGACUUGUCGCCCGAGGAUAUGGUGUUACUAACGCUGUACAGGUCAGAGGCUGUCAUCAACAAAGCCUGGCAAGCCAUCACAGUACAGGAGACUGAUAUCAACACAGACCAAGCCAGGUUUGCCCUCUUUACACGUCUGUUGUCAUUGACAACAUCCUUCGAGCAGACUCAAGCUCUUUAUAAACUUCUUCAUCUCUGGCCACCACUGACGGCAUCAAAUUCCAGGGUGGCUUUGGAGAACCCCUGGGUGAAUAUCUUCGAUAUGAUGGUCCAGAAGAGUAACAAGACCGAUCAAACACUUGUAUGUCCCUGUCUGAGGGAAGUGUUAUCCGUUUGUCCACUCAGUAAGGAGUGUGUACAGCAUAUAUAUGAUAGUCUGGUUGCUACGGCUAGUCACAUGGAGGCUGUAAGGUGUGCUCUGAUUGGUCAAUAUAAGGACCUAAUGGAUACUGCCAUAGAACACCUUGCCUCACAACCUCAGGUUGUGGCAGAUGACGAACUUCUUGACUUAAUAGUGCGUAAUAAUCUAGUCAACAGGGUUGUGCUCACCCAUAUAUAUCCAGCAAUUACAGACUAUAUUCUGGCCAAUCAGAACACUCAUGAUGAAUCACAUGACUACCUCUCUGUGGAGGUUGUGUGUCGGAGAUUACGAGAGGAAGGGUUUGAGGCGGAGGCUGGAUCUCUCCUGAUGAAGAGUCAUACAUCUCACCCACUCCUCCAGACUUUCAGUGCUUCUCUGCAGUCUCUCAAGAAGUGGUUUUAACAUCGACAAAACAUUCGUAAAAAUUAAAUUAUUACAUAAAAGAAUGUAACUUAUCUAUUGGGAUGGAGUUACACGUUUGUCUCUGAAACUCUUUAAAGCGGUUGUUAUACUUUCAUAAUUGCAGACUUUGCUUGUAAUUAUCAUAUUUCAAGGUGUAAAAUUUUAUGGAAACGUCAUAAAUGGCUCUUCCUGAACCAAUUAGUGCUACUGACAUUUAGUGACAGAAUGAUUUACUUGUUAUAUUUUGUGUUAUUGUAUAGUGGAACAAGUUUUGAAUUAACGUCAAUCGAUAUAAGCAGCUUCUGUCCGACACGUGUGUAAAAUAAAUGUAAAUCUGUAAAUCUAGAUGAUAAAUUAUCAUAAUAGACAUAUGUGUAAUAAAAUGGUUUUGAUAGUGUUAAAUCUAAAUCAUUGAUGUAUUAUCUUGAAUGGAAUGAAGUGGAUUACUGUAACUGAACGAAUUUGUGGACAGUAUAAAAUAAUUGUAAAUUGACAUUACCUGAUCAUUUUGUAUGAAGUGGACUUUUACGAUUUCAAGCCUGUCUCCAAUAUUUGUCUUAUUUCAAUUAAUCUAGACUUACUGAACUUUAUGUAUGAAACAAAAUGAAUAAUUUUGAAUACCAAACUUUAAAAUUUUCCUUGAUUAAAACACUUUUAAGCUGUGUACAUGUAUGAUCAUAAAUUACAGCAGUCUUAACAUUCUUGUUUGUUGCUGGGUUUAUCACCCCAUGAACUGCCAGGGUCAUAUUGAACCGGGAUCCUUUGUAGUAGUUGGUGCCUACUUCAGUGAACAACAUACGCAUGCCAUCCAGAGCAAUUUGAGUAAAGUGUAGUGCCCAAGGACACAACUACAACAGCACAGACCGGCCAAUUUCUCAGCUUCCCAAGAAACUCAAACCGACAAUCAAAGGGUACGAAGGGAGUGUCGUACGUUGAACAACACACCUCGAUUCUUCACCCGAGAUUACAUGGCCAGCUCUCUAAAUGACUAGAGCUAUCGUGUCACCCCUAUCAAUCGAAAAAUGGUAAUAUAAUUCCUAUAAAAAUAAUUCCCUGGUAUAUUAACACAGGGAUCUGUUUCUUUCCUAGUGUUUUUAUUAUAGUAUUCUUUGUAUGUGGUAUUCUCUUCAGGAAUUACAAUAAUAUUAUUAUUAGAACAUCAGAUUGCUGUGCAUGCUUUCAACUGUUACUCUGAAGCGAUCAUCUGAUGCAGUAAAUAAAUUUGAUAUAACAGUUGUAACUACAGUUUUCAGAGAGAUCAAUUCUAUAGUCAUGAUUGCUUGCUUAUUUCCCGUUAUAAACAGCUGAUCGACACAAAGCAACUACAGAGGCACAAAAGUAACAUAUAAUUACCUCAGACAUGAAAAAUUAAGAUAUUUCGUUGAUUGUUGCUAUAGUACCUGGGGUAUAUCUAGUUACAGUAAUCCCUAUACUUAACACUGAUCUGACUAGCAGGAAUCAAUGAUUUUAAUUAAUUUUUGUAACAUAUUUCUCAAGACUGAGGAACAAUUUAGCAAACUCGAGACUUAAAACCACAUAUUAGAUUACUAAGUUUGAUGUGCAAUAAGUAUUUUGUAAAUCUAUCUAUACAAUGAAUUUAUACUACAAAACAGUAUGAUUUUUAGUCUCGGCAUGUAUAAUGCUUGAUUUACCUGGACAUAAAGCAUUGUUGAUUUAUGGCCGCCACACGACGUAUUAUACUUGGAAAUGGGGGAAAUACCAGUGAUGCUUUGCUGUAUGUACCAGGCAACGUUAUAACUGAUUUGAUCAGUACACACUGUGUCAAGAGGUCUCGUACAUGCUUCACCAUACUACCUGUAUGCUGAAGCCCCAUCAUGUCAUGCCUAUUUAGGGGAGAGGAGGUGGGGGGAUGUCAUUGUGACAUUUUUUUCUUGAUGCCAUACACAUGUUUGAGAAUAUUUUAAUUGUUUAUCACAAUACUUAAUAUUGAAUUUCGGUAAUGUAUUAAUUAGAUCUGUAUUUAUUACCAAUAGAUAAUUCAAUUGUGUCCUGUUAUUGCUCAAUUAAAAUAUGUAUGAAAGAUUUA